UCGAGGGCUGGCUGCUGCUUUUCUGCUCCUGGAAGCGGCUGAGGGGGGAAGCGGCGAGUCAACAUGGAGCUCUCGGCGGUGGGGGAGCGGGUGUUCGCGGCCGAAGCCCUCCUGAAGCGGCGCAUUCGCAAAGGACGCAUGGAAUAUCUGGUGAAAUGGAAGGGCUGGUCGCAGAAGUACAGCACGUGGGAGCCCGAAGAAAAUAUUCUGGAUGCUCGCCUCCUUGCAGCCUUUGAGGAAAGGGAGCGGGAGAUGGAGCUCUAUGGCCCCAAAAAGCGAGGACCCAAGCCUAAAACCUUCCUUCUCAAGGCCCAGGCCAAAGCAAAGGCCAAAACCUAUGAGUUCAGAAGUGACUCUACCAGAGGCAUCCGGAUCCCUUACCCAGGCCGCUCACCCCAGGAUUUGGCAUCUACUUCCAGGGCCCGAGAGGGCCUUAGGAACACGGGGCUACCCCCACCAGGGAGCAGCACCAGUACCUGCAGGGCAGACCCACCUCGGGACCGGGACCGGGAUCGAGAAAGGGACAGGGGUACCAGCCGUGUAGAUGACAAGCCCAGCUCACCGGGGGACAGCUCCAAGAAACGAGGACCGAAGCCCAGGAAGGAGCUCCUGGACCCUUCACAGAGACCUUUGGGAGAGCCCAGUGAUGGCCUUGGAGAGUACCUGAAAGGCAGGAAGCUGGACGAGACCCCUUCUGGGACAGGAAAGUUCCCAGCUGGCCACAGUGUGAUCCAGCUUGCUCGAAGGCAGGACUCAGACCUGGUCCAAUAUGGCGUGACCAGUCCUAGCUCAGCAGAGGCCUCGAGCAAGUUGGCUGUGGACACCUUUCCAGCCAGGGUAAUAAAGCACAGGGCUGCUUUCCUGGAGGCCAAAGGGCAAGGUGCCCUGGACCCUGGCACCACCAGGGUCCGACAUAGUUCAGGCACCCCAGGCUCGGUGGGAAGCCUGUACCGGGACAUGGGGGCGCAAGGGGGAAGGCCCUCCCUCAUCGCCAGGAUCCCAGUGGCCAGAAUCCUGGGGGACCCAGAGGAAGAGUCCUGGAGCCCCUCUUUGACUAACCUGGAGAAGGUGGUCGUCACAGAUGUGACCUCAAACUUUUUGACCGUCACCAUUAAGGAGAGCAACACGGACCAAGGAUUCUUUAAGGAAAAAAGAUGAAUUGCCUGGGUGUGAGCUCCCCCCCCCCCCUGGGACCAGAGCAGGGGAGAGUGAGCUCAGAUGGCUUAGUGCUUUUUAUUUCUGGGUGACUGUGGCCUCUGGCUGGUCCUGUCCUUCUUCACACCCCUCUUCCCUUUCAUUCCUCCGUCCUCAGUUCUGGCUGGAAAAUUAUCUCUAGAGUUCUAUUUUCUAUUAGAUGUAAAUAUGUUAUUUAAGAGAAAAAUAUCUAAAUAUAUAUAUUUCAACUCUUGAA